AGAUCUGCACUCACGCGAUGGGAGUAGGUGCGCACAGCAGCCUGCGUGCUUCAACCAUCGCUAUGUUUUGUAGAUCAGUGACAGAAGAAGCACUUGUUCCCACGUAUGUGGACUGCGCCCCGGUGUAUUUGAUGCAAAGUCAGCCCACAGACUGACAGCUUGGUGUUCGAAAUGUAAAGUCUCUUUGGAGGAAAAGCCUGUUUGAAUACGAUGGACCUCCGGACAGCUGGAUGAGCAGCACGAACAAGGACUCCCUGGCGCGUUUUACUGUGUCGCCAAAUUGGGUUAGCCUUCUGAUCUGGAUGGUCCCUAUUUACUCGGAUGCAAUACGCCCAUGCGACUGUGGAUGUUGCUGCCUUCAAUGUCCAGGUUAGGUUACAGUAAAUGCUAUUUGUUUACGCGUUACAAUAAAGCUGUUUGGGGCGGAAGGAGCAAGCCGGGACUGGAUACAACAUUUUGCGCGCAUCGUAAAUUACCAUUUCCAAUAGCCUACUAUAUUGUUGGUGUUAUUAUUAAGAUGGGGGUCGAUCUAUUUAUAAGGGAAACAUGGAGCCUUCGUCGCAUUAUUUCAUCUAGUCCACUUGGAUCAGAGAUUGCAAUGCUGCAAUACCUCAAUGCAAACCUUCGUUGACAAUAUUUUCCACCUUGUUGUCGCCGUGUGAGGUGUUACCUAAAGAAGUCGUGGCCAUUUAAAUCCUUCGCUACAAGACCAUUGACUGAUGAUCUGAAACAACCAAGCGUGCUUUUGAGGCAGCGGGAUAAUGAUAAUAGAUACUGGCAUCCCUUUACUGUCUCCAGUGAAGAAGAGUUGCAUUUCUCACCGAGGACUUGUCACCAUCACAAAUGUAGCCCAGCAGAAGGGACUGAACCAGGCCGCUGCCCAGAGACGGAGGCGGGUUUGUUGUGCUCAGACUUGGCUGGAUGCUGAACAUGGUGCCACUCUACAGCUCUGUAUUCAAUACCUGCCGCCCUGCCCUCGGCUUGUUUCUAUGAUUUCCCAGCUGUCUUAAAAUGGACAGGGUCUUUUUGAUAAAAGCUCUUCAUGGACGUUGAACGGGCUCGUGAGUGGGACAUGCAUGUAGGAUUUAGCCUGGACCGUCUUGGCGCGAUGUAGUGAGAAUAUCUGCCGAUGUUUCCGAACACAGAAUAGGAGAGAAAACAGCCCGAGCUGAUGGAGAUGGCUGGUGGGGAGGUUCAUCUACACUGGGCUGGAUGAGAAAUAAAAUCGACCCCUGCUGAGAGGAUUUCAAACACAGACUGCUGUUCUUAUUGACAGCCUAAAUAGUCAAUAUUCCAUAAUAAGAUACAUACUUAAGUUUUGGUGUUAUUAUCUCCUCCGAGUGCCUUAAUGGACUGAGAUGAACUUCAGAAGAGGUCGUGUGUUUAGUAGGGUGAAAGAAACAAAACUGUAAAUCAUAAGUCCACAUUGUUUUUGUUAAAUUCAGAUGUAUAAUUGUUAUAUCAAUGUAGGACCUUGUUAUUAAGUUGUUGUUUUUUUUAAAUAAAUUGUAGGCAGCAACUCAGAGACCAGAAUUCACUCACUGAUCAGGAGCCCAUCAGGUUGAAGGCAUCUUUUUGAAGAAUUUCAUCAGACCUGCUGUUUCUUAGAUUUUAGAUCUUAGAUUUCUUCUGGUCUCUGGCAGCUUUCCAAAAGUCACAACAGUGAAAACAAUCAAUUAGGGUUUGGGGGUUACACUUCUGGACUCUUUCUGCUGAGUGUCAUUGUUUGACUUGAUGUACGUUGUCCCUGAAUGAACUUGCCUUUGGGAAUACAUGUUACUUACACACUGCGUAGCAACAGCACAACAGCAACCGGUGACAGGAUUUGGCACAGUUUCAACAGAGAGAUGUGGUGAUGGGGGAGAGCAGUUGCAGCUCUCUGAUCCUCUGAUCCCCUCUACCCCCCACUGGUGGUUGAGGAGACCUCGCCUCUGUCAAUGGGCCCUGUAUGGAUUUUGUGCCUGAGUUGACAGAGGGCAGGCCUACAGCCUCAAACAGCAGUCAAGCUGCUAUGAACCCAUACGGCAGAGCGAGCGGCACAGCAACCCCCCUAUGCACCAGCUGUGGGGGCAGCUGCUCCCCGCCUCCACCUUGCCUAAUCCCGCCUGGGCCCCACUUCUCUGCUUCCUCCUCAUCCUCCAUGCCCCCAAAUAUGACCCCUCCACCCCCAAUGUGUCCGGCCCCAGUAGUGCAGGUGGAGAAUGGCAGCAGUUGGAACUCCUCCACCAUCUCCUCCUCCGGCUCCCCAGACUCCCACCCUGGUCACCACUGUGCUGCCAACAACCCCAACCCCUUCUGGACGGCAGUGUUCGACUAUGAGGCCACAGCAGACGAGGAGUUAACCCUGCGGCGCGGGGACCUCCUUGAGGUUCUUUCCAAAGACUCAAAAGUGUCUGGGGAUGAGGGUUGGUGGACAGGAAAGAUCCAGGACAAGGUGGGAAUCUUUCCAUGCAAUUACGUCACAAGGGGGGAUGCCGCCAACUACCAGCAGCUGACUGCAGGAGGGCUGGUGGCAGGCGGGGUGGGCGAAUGCCCCUUGGAGAUAGACUUCUCAGAACUGCUCCUGGAGGAGGUGAUUGGAGCUGGUGGGUUUGGGAAGGUGUACAGAGGAGUAUGGCGGGUAGAAGAAGUAGCAGUAAAGGCCGCCAGGCAAGACCCCGACGAGGAUAUUAGUGCCACAGCAGAGAACGUGCGGCAGGAGGCCAGGCUGUUCUGGAUGCUCCGGCACCCCAACAUAAUCAGUCUCCGUGGGGUCUGCCUGCGGGAGCCCAACCUGUGCUUGGUAAUGGAGUAUGCCAGAGGGGGGGCUCUGAACCGAGCGCUUGCUGGAAAGAAGGUACCCCCGAGGGUUCUGGUGAACUGGGCGGUCCAGGUUGCCACAGGGAUGGACUACCUACACAACCAGGCAUUCGUACCUAUCAUCCACAGAGACCUCAAGUCCAGCAAUAUCCUCAUCCUGGAGCCGGUGGAGCAUGACGACUUGGGUGGGAGAACCCUAAAGAUCACAGACUUCGGUCUGGCCAGAGAGUGGCACCAGACCACUAAGAUGAGUGCAGCGGGGACGUACGCCUGGAUGGCCCCAGAGGUCAUCAAGCUCUCACUGUUCUCCAAGAGCAGCGAUGUGUGGAGUUUCGGUGUGUUACUGUGGGAGCUGCUGACCGGCGAGGUUCCCUACCGGGAGAUAGACGCGCUGGCCGUCGCUUAUGGUGUUGCCAUGAACAAGCUAACACUUCCCAUCCCCUCAACGUGCCCUGAACCUUUCGCUCAGCUGCUGGGAGAGUGCUGGAGCCCAAACCCCCGCAGCAGGCCCUCCUUCACCAGCAUCCUGAAGAGACUGCAGGCCAUCGAGCAGUCGGCCAUGUUUCAGAUGCCUCUGGAGUCCUUUCACUCCUUACAGGAGGACUGGAGGGCGGAGAUCCAACAGAUGUUUGACGAGCUCAGGGCCAAAGAGAAGGAGCUGAGGUCCUGGGAGGAGGCGUUGGCCCGAGCAGCCGAGGAGCAGAGGGAGCAGGAGGAGCAGCUGAGGAGGAGAGAGCAGGAGCUGGCCGAGAGGGAGAUCGACAUCGUGGAGCGGGAGCUGAACAUCAUCAUUCAUCAGAUGUACCAGGAGAAACCCAGUGUGAAGAAAAGAAAAGGACACUUCAAGAAGAGCAGAUUACUGAAGCUGGGCCGAGACAGCAACUGUAUCAGCCUGCCCUCUGGCUUUGAGCAUAAGAUCACCGUUCAGGCGUCGCCCAGUGUGGACAAGAGGAAGCCUCAGGGGAGCGAGAGCACCACCCCGCCUGCCAGCCCUGGGGUCAUACCGCGACUCAGAGCCAUAAGAUUGACACCGAGCGAUGGCAGCAAGACGUGGGGUCGCAGUGCUGUUUGUAAGAAGGAGGACCUGACGACGAGCAAGAAGAAAGGACGCACCUGGGGACCGAGCUCCACCCUCCAGAAAGAGAGGGUCGGCGGGGAGGAGAAACUGAAGUCACUUGGUGAGGGAUGCAAAGUUUGGUCCUCCAGCGCACCAAAUCUAGGAAAGUCCCCCAAACAUGCACCUAUGACCGCCGGCUUCUCCAGCCUCAACGAAAUGGAGGAGUGCAGUGAGUUUGGGGAGUCGCCAUCGCUGCCCUCAGAGAUAAGCAGUAACGGGGUGGUGGAGGACUCGGGGACCCUGUGGGGAGGCCUUGGGCCAAACACAAUGCCUACUGUUAAUGCGAGCUCCUGUCAGGGGCCCGGGGUCGUGGGGACGGGGGUGAACUACCAGGACUCGCUCCGCCGCAGCAGCCAGAGGAAGAAGAGCGAUAUGUUGCUGUUGGGUUGUGCAUCUCUGCUCGCGUCUGUUGCCUUUGGACAAGACCUGCUGCAGCUGGGGAAACUGCAGGUGCUCCAGGAUGAGCAGGACCUCAGAGAGGAGCAGCGUAAGAAGAAGGAGGGUCUUUUCCAGCGUACGGGACGUUUCCGUCGCAGCACCUCUCCACCCAGCAGAAACCUCUCCCUCUCCCUCUCCAGACAUCAGGACUCUACGCUCCCCUGCAUGGACCCAUCUCCCUCUGUUACACUCCUCUCUUUGUCCUCUCUGUCUGACUGCAACUCCACCAAGUCCCUUCUUCCCUCCGACCCAGACGAGUACCCCCUGACCCCGAUGACGGGGGUCAAAACCCCGGUGGCGCCACCAGCUCCUGCCCUAAACCCUCUCUUGGACCUGCGGGCGGAGAGCUUUAAGAAGGAGCCCAACCAGUCUCUCACGCCCACCCAUGUGUCCGCAGCCAUGGCCAUGAACAGAGGACACAGACGGACCCCUUCGGAGGGGACGAUACGACCCAGAGCUCAAACUCUGGGACACUACAGGACGCCGUCAGAUGGAAGCAUGCCCAUGCCUCCUCCACCGGGGACACCACACACCGCUACUAACAAAGGACCACAGGACCCCCUGGACAUUCCCCGCCUCCCUGACCCCUCUGCCAUCUUCCCAGUCCCCCAGCGGCGUAAAGCCCCUGCUCCACCGAUUCCUGACAUGGUUCCCCUGUGCCUCAUCAGCCCCCUGGAGAGACCCAAGACACUGGAAUUUGCCCCCCGGCCGCGGCCCACCCCGGCCCGGAUGAGAGCUGACCCCUGGAAGCUGGGCUCUCUCUCCCGGACCCUCAGCUCGUCGCCGGGCAGCAGCUGCGACAGCCCCUUAGGCUCGGGGGACAGCAGCGCCAGCAACGCGAGACCCAACCUGAUGGACAUGGACGUGGAGGGCCAGAGUUUGGACAACACUGUCCCUCUGUGUGGAAAACAGCAACCCGCCACUCUGUGUGGACAGCAGUACGCAUAG